AUGCGGCAAACGAAGUUUCCGCAUGGAGUCAGAGCUCUAAUCGAUACCAGCGCCCAGGUCGGAGCAUCCGCAUCAAAUCCAUCACCCAAGAACAUCGGCUACCACUGGGACGAUCCCAGCGCCGCCUACAUGUGCUCCGCGAACGCCAAGUACUUCGGAGUCAUGCACGAGCCCAUCGCAGUGUACCUCGUGUGGUACGGCCAGUUCACAGAAGCGCAGAAGCAGAUCAUGCGCACGUUUAUCGAAUCGCUCAAUAACAGCAAUGACACCUCUCUAACUGUUCCAAAGUGGUGGAACAUCAACCGGCUCUACUACAACGCCCAAGGGAACUACAUUUCCGGAUCCGUAACUCUCAAGGGCGAAAUCGACGACACUCUCUACUCCAAAGGCACCACUCUGUACAACUCUGGCGUUGCGGACCUCGUUUCUGCCGCUGUGAACGAGGGUAAAUUGCCCUUCGACAGCAACGGAGUGUAUUUUGUCCUUGGGGAUUCCAAAGUGGCCCAGGAGGACGACUCGAGCUACUCUCAGUCAGGAUUUUGCAGCAGCUACUGCGGCUGGCACGCAUACACCUACGACAACCUUGAGCUCGUCAUUUCGUUUGUUGGUAACGCGGUAACCAGGUGCCCCGAGGGCUGCAUCCCGCCGUACCUGAACCAGCCCGGGGCGGUGGCGCCGAACGGAGACGCGGGGAUGGACGGGAUGGUGUCGGUGUUGGCGCAUGAACUCGCAGAGGCCACCAGCAGCCCCUUCCUCGCCACGUGGUUCGACGACCACGGCGAGGAGAACGCCGACAUCUGCGCAGGAGAGUAUGGAGAUGUGACCCAGGAUGCAACCACGGGAGCGUAUUUCAACCUAGAGGGUGUUCGGGGCUCCAAGUUCAUCGUGCAGGCGAAUCACGACCCGGUUACCGGGCGCUGUGUGGUGCAGACUGAUGGGCCUGAUGCUAUGGGAAGCCCGAGCCAGCCUCCCUCCUCGGCUGGUCCCGCGGCCAGUCCACCACCUAUUUCAGUGCCACCAGUUCCUGUUGUCGUCCCAACACCCCCGGUUACCGUUCCUACGCCUCCUGAGGUCGUUCCUGAGCCGCCCACAGUUGCUACACCCGAGCCACCAGUAACUGGAACCCCUUAUGGAGGGAUUUUUUCUCACUUCCGCCUCAUCCAUCUCACCCAUCUCAACCUUCUCCACCCAUCGUCUGUCUUUCCUCCCGCUUCUGCCCUUCGCAGCAUCAGUGAACCCGUCUCCUCAUCCUCCGCUGCCGUAAACUCCGCGGCUUCUUCCGCCUCCGCGGCUCCUUCCGCCGCCGCCGCAUCUCCCGCCUCCGCCGUUUCUUCCGUUCCCGCCCCUUCCCCCGAGGCGGUGAGCCAGAUGAUUGCCUCGGCGCUCCGCGCACCUUCCUCCUCCGCGGCCAUCUUCCCGCCGCGCCACUCCCCCGCCUUCCACAACAUCGACCCGCAUUGGGAUGAUCCCGAGGUUUCCAAAGUGUGCAACCCCGUUACAAAGUACUGCGGCGUUAUGCACAAGCCCAUCUCAGUGUACCUUAUAUGGUACGGCAAGUUCACAGACGCGCAGAAGCAGAUCAUCCACACGUUUAUCGAGUCACUCAAUAACAGCAACGACACCGACGCUACAGUAACCAACUGGUGGAACGUGAACCGUCUAUAUUACGACGCGAUGGGAAACCAUAUCUCCGCAUUUGUGACUCUAAAGGGGGAAAUCGACGACGCGGAUUACUCCAAGGGCCGCACUCUGCUCAGCUCCGACGUGGCGAAACUCGUCUCGUCCGCGGUUACCAGCAAGCAAUUCGCGAACGACCCGAACGGCGUGUAUUUCGUCAUGGGAGACGAAACGGUGGCGCAAGAGGAUGAUACUGCUCCGGAGAAAUCGGCGUUCUGCAGAAACUACUGCGGGUGGCACUUCUACACGCGCGAUGCUCUUGAACUGCCCAUCGCAUUCGUCGGCAAUGCUGCCACCAGGUGUCCGAAGCGCUGCAUUCCCCCCCAUCUCAACUUGCCCGGAGCAGUGUCCCCGAACGGCGACGCGGGGAUGGACGGGAUGGUGUCGGUGUUGGCGCAUGAACUCGCAGAGGCCACCAGCAGCCCCUUCCUCGCCACGUGGUUCGACGAACAGGGUGAGGAGAACGCCGACAUCUGCGCAGGAGAGUACGGAGAUGUGAAGAAGGAUGCGGUUACCGGUGCGGUGUAUAAUCUUGUUGGCGUGCGCGGGUCGCGGUUUAUCGUGCAAGCGAAUCUGGACCCUCCCCGAGCGGGCGCGCGGAUCGCAGGGCCGCUGGGGCAGGGGAGCUUCGAGGAAGGCGCGGAGGGUAUGGACGUAGAUGGUGGGUUUGAUGCUGCUGCUGCUGCUGCUGGUGCUGCUGCUAUUGCUGGUGGUGGUGGUGGUGGUGAUGGUGCUGGUGGUGGAGGCGCGGAGGGUAUGGACGUAGAUGGAGGGUUUGAUGCUGCUGCUGCUGCUGCUGCUGCUGGAGGUGGUGGUGCCGCUGCUAUUGCUAGUGGUGGAGUCGCCCCCUUUCCUGGUCGCACUGCUUUCCCGUGUGGCCUCCUUCAUACCUUCCCUACCCACCCUCUCCCCCGUUUCCCCACUCCCCUUCUUCGCAUCACGGCGAUUGUUUCAACGAACCCAUCCCCUUCGUUCAAAACUCACUCCGUGUUGCCUCGCCCCCUCUCCUGUUCCCACUGCUUUCCCGUGUGGCCUGGCCCCUUCCCCCCGCCCCCUCCCUCCCCCGGCCCCUUUCCCCCGCCCCCUCCCUCCCCCGGCCCCUUCCCCCCGCCCCCUCCGUCCCCCGGCCCCUUCCCCCCGCCCCCUCUCUCCCCCGGCCCCUUCCCCCCGCCCCCUCUCUCCCCCGGCCCCUUCCCCCCGCCCCCUCCCUCCCCCGGCCCCUUCCCCCCGCUCCCUCCCUCCCCCUCCCCGUUUCAUCCCCUCCGUCCCGUUCCCCUCCCCACCACGCUCCCCUCGUUUGCAGCACGCCAAUCGUUUGAACGAACUCAUUCGUCCAAAGCUCACUCCCUUGUCACCCCCCUCCUCCCUUCCCACUGCUUCCCCGUGUUCCCCCCUCCCUCCUUUCCCCGCCACGCUCCCCCUCGUUUGCAGCAUGACGAUCGGAUGAACGAACCCAUUCGCCGCCCCCGCCUCUCAUCAGGCCCGCCCGCAGCCUCCCCUCUCCCUCCUCCCCUCUCCACCCUCCCCUCUCCCUCCUCCCCUCUCCAGCCUCCCCUCUCCCUCCUCCCCUCUUCCUCCUCCCCUCUCGCUCCUCCCCUCUCCAGCGUCCCCUCUCCCUCCUCCCUCCCUCUCCACCCCACAACCCUCCCGCCUCCUCCUCCCCCAGACUAUUCCAACCUCAACAGCAGCACAUGGGAUUCUAAGCCCGGCGAUUCCUCCUGUGACUUGGAAGGUGAUGGCAAAGGGAUGGCCAGCCUAUCUCUUACCUCUGCGCCCUCUAAUCUUGUGCCUCUGCUUAUCCUCCCCUUCCUCUCCUCCCUCAGACUAUUCCAACCUCAACAGCAGCACAUGGGGCCCUAA